UUCACAUGUUCUGAGAAGCAGCAAUUUUUUGACAUUUUCUUUUCUUCAACUCUAAUUCAUCGUGCUUCGUACACGAUCUCCACGAAGAAGACGAAGAUCCUUUGACUUGUGUUUUCAAUUUUCAUUGCUUCUCGUUUACGCUACUUGCUUACGUUUCAAAUUUCCAAUUCAAUUCGAUUCAAAUUGAAUGAAUCUUAAAAGAUGGAGCUCGAAGAUCUGAACAACAUUAAUGACGGUGGAGAAUACGGAGAGGAAUCAGAAUCAACGCCAUUGAAAGAGAAUCAACGAAUUCACAGACUACAUCAUUUUCCAGGUGCAGUUAGAAGAAAGGCGUAUAUAUUCGACGGAGAAGGUAAUUAUUACAACAAGGAAUGGGAUCUUCUCGAAGGUAAAGGAAAAGAAUUCUGUUGGUAUCAUAUUGAAAUUCCUAAAGGCAAUAUUAAUCAUAAAUUAUCUCAAUCAGCUCAAUACUUAAUCGAUCUUCUUUCUCCUCCAUUAAAGCUUCAAGAUAUUCUCUCAUUAGUUAGCAAUGGACCUUUCUGUGGUCAUGUCGAUGGCGCUCUUGUUUUUCGCGUUAAUUCUCCUGGUCAUGCCUCUAGUAAAUUCACUUUCAGAUUGGCCGCUAGAGUUACGCAGAAUUCUGUUAUAACCGUCUCUUUAGGUCGUGUUCCUAGGCUUGGAUUCUCUCCCGUCGGUCAUUCUCUCCUUUCGGAGAUUCCUAGCGUUGAGAGUCCUCGUGGUAGUAUUAGAGACAAGACUAAAGAUAAUGACGAAUGCGGGAUUGUUAUUAGGGAACAUGUUUUGGAGUUUCUGUUGACGAUGAAUCACUCGGAGGAGGCUGAUAAUCCGGUACCGAAAUCUGUAUCAGGUCUUAUAGUUCAUAUACUCGAUACUCAUGUUGAUCAUUUACAAGAUGUCGUCACUAAACUUGAGAUUGAUCUGGAUGCUGUUGAAUUGGAGCUUGAUACAGAUGGAUUUGCAAAGAAGCAAAUGCUUGACGAUAGGAAAUUUCCAAAAAUGCUUAUGGAUCUGCAACGGCUUCUCCAGGUUAUUGCGCACGGAGAACAAGUGUUUCCUCGAGUUAAGGAGAAGUGUUCUUCGAAGCAUUGGUUUGGGAAUGAAGACAUAAUUGCUCUUGAAGAACUAAUAGGAUGUUUAAGGAGAUUAAAGGAGAAUGUAGGGUUUAUAGCUAAUCGUGUCGCAGCAAUUCAAGCUGGUCUCGAUAGCUGGCAGGCGGAGGAAAUCAAUAGGAAGUUAUACUGUCUAUCAUUCCUUUCAAUCAUGUUCCUUCCAUUAUCGAUUAUCACUGGAGUGUUUGGGAUGAAUGUAGGAGGAGUUCCUUGGACGGAGCAGAGAGAUCCUGCGAUAAAAGAUGGUUUUCGGAAUGUGAUUCUAAUAUGUGGUGUGAUGAUCAUGUUUCUCCUCCUUUGCUACUUCGUGCCUUCACUUUACACAAGAUUCGCAGCUUGGAGAAGAGAAAGGGCGGUGAGGAGUAGCGGUUAUUGGUCGGUAAAUAAGAAGAAAUCAUUUCUAAAGAGAAAAACACUAGGUGAAGAGAAAAGAGGCUACCUUAGAAUAUGACAACCACUUUUCAAACUUUUUUUUCAUUUUUUAACCAAGGAGGAUGAAUGUUUAUAUUCUCCAUUUUCAACCUCUUCCUUCACAUUGUAAGUAUGUAUUCUUUACUUACUAUUUGUGCAUUAUUAUUAUUAUUAUUAUCAUCUUCUCCUAAACCUGUACUAUUAGAUUUUUGAAAUAAUAUUCAUGUAUCUUGUUUUUCCAUAGAUUCUUAAAAAAAUGCAUUUUACAA